UUUGACAUUGGAUAAUGCCUUACCAUGGAUAACUUAAUCCCGUCACUUCUGCUUGUACUGUGGUUGAAGAGUACGCUGAAUUGGAUGGUAGUUGUGAUACAGCGGCACUAUAUGAUUCGGUCCUUCUCAGGAUUCUUCUGCAUUUCCUUAACACUUAUUGAAACACUCCUGGGUUGUGUUCUCACUGCCAUAUUUCAUUUUGAAGAUGUCAACAUCGCAGGCUGGCGUCUCACCAGGUACCACGUAUGCCUUCUGACCCAAAUCACUUGUUUUAUCUACGGCGUUCUCCACUGGCCGGUGUUUCUCCUUGUAUGUCUGGAUAGCUUUUGGACAUUAUCACCCAACUCAGCAGACAAGCCCUGGACAAAAAGUUUGACUUACACUGCUGGAGUGUGUCUCAUUUGGAUACUUGCAGCAGUUUAUGUUUUUUGGUUCCUUGAUGUUUCUUUACUAGUAGGAGACGAGAAGAACCAUUGCCACCUGUUCAGUGGUCCUCAGAGUACUCAGCUAUUCAGUGCAUUAGUACUGACAGUCACCUGCAUCGUUCUUUACUCAUACUCUCCAUGUGAGAAAUGGAGGGUACAGUUGUUUCUAUAUUACACUAAGGGAACUCAAACAAUUUGUUUGGUGUGUUUAAGGAAAAUUAUGUUAACGUUCAUCAGCACGUGGGCAUCUUUUCUGAUUCUAAUGACCAUACUUCCUUUGAUUCCAACAGAGAUGCAUGCACACCUGCAAAUGAAUGUCGUUUGGUUGUGUUUCCUCAACAGCUUCUCUGUAGCUAUGGCUCUGUGCGUCCGCUCAUUUGCAUGUAAUGCCAAGAACAGCGAUUCCAUAACAGAUGGAUUUUGUUCCUGGUCUUUUUGUUUUACAUAUGAGGCUGAAGGGUGGAAUUAUGGACCACAAAAAGACAAAACCUAUGGCCACAUUCAAGUUAAACACUAAAUGCUUGAUCAGAAUAAACAUGAUUCUUGUGACGAUGGAAAAUUAAGUUUUUCUUCCAUUUUAAAUAAAUAAGAUUUAAAUAAAGAUAUUUAUUUGU